UUAAAAAUACCAUAAGAUUAGUGGAUUUAUUUAUUUAUUAAAAUGGAUAUUAAUACUUAAAAUAAAUAAUAGGAAGUGAAAAUAAUUAGAUAAGAUUUUUUAUCCUUCCCAAUACAAAAUUAUGUUAUCGGAAUUAGUUUAUUAGGGUUAACUUCAUACAAAUUUUAUUAGAAUAUUCCAUUUUUUAUUAAAUGGAGUAAAUAUUAAAACUACUUAAAAGGAAUUAAGAAUAUAACAGCAAAAGAUUUAAAUCCAAACUAAAUUGUUCAUUGCUCAGGUUAGCUAAAACUUGAUGCCACUAAAAUAAUUUAAGAUAAAUUAUUUAGCAUUAAUUCACAAUAAAAUAUGGGAUUAUAUAGAAAGGUAGAAAUAUAUAAAACGAUUGGUAAAUAAUAAAAGGAAGAUUGGUACAAUGUAAAUUAUCUAGAAUAAGAAUAAAUUCCAAUAGAAGUAAAAGAGUUAAAGAGUUAAGUCUUAACAAAUAGCGAUGCUUAUUUAGAUGAUUACAAAUUAUCAAAUAGUUUAUUACAAAUACUAGCUGAAGGAAAUUGUUAGUAAAUUUCAUUAAAUAAGGACAACAUAAUUAAAUACUAUGAAAGCUUAAAAUAGUAAUAAAAUGAGUAAGGUAACUUUUUAGAAAAUGUAUAGCAAAUGAAAAACGAAAGUUUAUUUCUAGCUUAAAAUGAGUCAAAAUUGUCUUAAAUUAAAUAGUUUUAUUAAAAUCACCCAUUCAAAUUAUCAGAAGAAACUAAAAAGGUUGUAGAGGUAUUUGAUAACUCUAUUUAUAUUGUUAAGACUUUGGAAGAAAUUUCUGAAGGAGAUAUAAAAAUAUCUUAUUAUGAUAUUAAUAAGAUUGAAAAUAUUACUGUUUUAGGGCAGAAAUAAGACAAUCUCAUCACAGAUUUUUAAGUGCCAGAAUUGGCUCAAAAUAAUGAAAUUAUUGAAAUAAAAAUGAAUGAUAAUAUUUUCCAAUUUAAAGUUGGAUAAAUUGGUUUUGCUUUUAAAGGUAAUUUAGAUGAGAAAUAAGUUUUAAAAGAAUUUGAAGUCGCUGUUGGAGAGUACACACUUCCAGAAUUUAUUAUUAUGUGCCUAUUAGCAUUCUUAUAUUGUUAUAUUUCUGAUUAAUUUUUUGCAGAUUUUAAGUUUUCAUUAAGUGAGGAAGAAAUGAAAGAAGUAGCUAAGAAAAUGGUACAGAAGGUUAAUGAUACUGAAAUAAAUGUAAAAGAAAAAGAAAAGCAUAAGUUAAUUAUCAAUUUAUCAGCCUUAAUUCUUUCUAUUAUUCAUUUUUAAGCAUAGUAAAAUUUAGUAAAAGGAAUCUAUGUACUACCCUCAACUAUUUUGCUUUUAUCAGGUGCAGCCUAUGUUUCUAUUGAAAUUAAAAAAGUUUUAGAGUUUAGUAAAGUCCUUGAAGAAGAGAUUAAAUAAUAAAAAUAAGAAUUACAGGCAAAGCUAUUAAAUAAUUAAUAAAAUUAACAAUAGUGAAUUAAUAAUAAUAUUUCAUUAAUAUAAUUUUAUUUACAAAUUUUUGUAAUUGUCAUUAGAAAAAUAUUAUUUUAGCUAUAAAAUAAAUUUAAGGUAGAAAAAUUCAGUUUUAGGAAAUAUAUUGAAAAUUUAUGGGAACUAAAAUUCCAGAAAUCCUUAUUAAGUAGGAUUAACAUAAAGAAGAUUUAAUUAAUGAUUGAUC